ACGGGUGACACCACGUGACCCGCGGUGACACCACGUGACCCCCGGUGACACCACGCGUCCCUCCCUCGGCCGGGCCAUGGCGGGCGCGGUGGCGGCCGCGGGCUCCGCCGAGCAGUUCCAGCAGCUGCUGCAGCGGCCGGACAGGUCCCUGGUUGUGGUGCACUUCUGGGCGCCGUGGGCUCCGCAGUGCGCGCAGAUGAACGAGGUGAUGGCAGCGCUGGCCCGGGAGCACAGCCAGGUCACCUUCGUGCAGCUGGAAGCUGAGGCUGUGCCUGAAGUGUCUGAAAAAUAUGGAAUUAGUUCUGUUCCAACGUUCUUGUUCUUUAAGGACUCCCAGAAGGUGGACAGGCUGGACGGAGCCCACGCUCCCGAGCUGACACAGAAGGUGCAGCGACACGCGGCCGGCGCUGCCCCCACGCCCAGCAAUGCCAGCAGUGCCCAGGAGCAGCUCCAUGUCCGCCUCAGGACGCUCAUCAACGCUGCCCCCUGCAUGCUCUUCAUGAAGGGCUCUCCCAGGGAGCCCCGCUGUGGCUUCAGCAAGCAGAUAGUGGAGAUCCUGGACAGGCACGGCGUGGCCUUCAGCACCUUUGACAUUUUCUCUGAUGAGGAAGUUCGGCAGGGACUCAAAACCUUCUCCCAGUGGCCGACCUACCCCCAGCUGUACGUGGGGGGCGAGCUCAUCGGGGGGCUGGACAUCGUCAAGGAGCUGGAGGCGUCAGGGGAGCUGGACACGAUCUGCCCAAAGAUUCAGAAACUGGAGGACAGGCUCAAAUCCUUGAUCAACAAAGCUCCUGUGAUGCUGUUUAUGAAGGGAAACAAACAGAUGGCAAAAUGUGGCUUCAGCAAACAAAUCCUGGAAAUCAUGAACAACACUGGUGUGGAUUAUGAAACCUUUGACAUCCUGGAAGACGAGGAGGUGCGCCAGGGUCUGAAAUCCUUCUCCAACUGGCCCACGUACCCACAGCUGUACGUGAAGGGGGAGCUGGUGGGGGGGCUGGACAUCGUCAAGGAGCUGAAGGAAAGUGGGGAAUUGCUACCUGUGCUGAAGGGGGAGAAUUGAUGGGAGCAGAAAUCCCUGGAAUAGCUUCCAGUUCAAAAUUCUCCUGCAGAAACAACUUCAGCCCUGAGGAGCAUCAGGGGGGAAAAGAGGAAAUAAAUAGAAAUAUUCUCUGUAUUUCACCUGUAUGAAAACUGGAGACACAGAAAGGUCAAUUAAAAUUCACUGCUCCAGGA